AUGCAGUCCUCUCCAAACAUGCUCACCAAGUUUGAGUCUAAAUCCUCCAGAGCCAAGGGAAUCGCAUUCCACCCAACACGACCAUGGAUUCUCGUCUCCCUUCACUCCUCUACCAUCCAGCUAUGGGAUUACCGCAUGGGAACUCUCAUUGACCGGUUCGAAGAACAUGAUGGCCCCGUCCGAGGCAUCGACUUUCACCCAACCCAACCCCUGUUUGUGUCCGGUGGUGAUGACUACAAGAUUAAGGUCUGGAACUACCAGACUCGGAGGUGUCUGUUCACACUGAAUGGUCAUUUGGACUAUGUGCGCACGGUUUUCUUCCACCCCGAACUCCCGUGGAUCCUGUCUGCGUCCGAUGACCAGACCAUUCGAAUCUGGAACUGGCAGAACCGAUCACUGAUCUGUACUAUGACCGGCCACAAUCACUAUGUUAUGUGUGCUCAGUUCCACCCCACCGAGGACCUCAUUGCUUCCGCCUCCCUGGAUCAGUCCGUUCGCAUCUGGGACAUCUCCGGCCUGCGGAAGAAGCACUCCGCCCCGACCUCGAUUUCCUUCGAAGAUCAGAUGGCCCGCGCCAAUCCCAAUCAGGCCGAUAUGUUUGGGAACACCGAUGCUAUUGUGAAAUUUGUACUGGAGGGUCAUGAUCGUGGUGUCAACUGGGUGUCAUUCCACCCCUCCUUGCCACUAAUUGUCUCAGCAGGCGAUGAUAGACUCAUCAAACUAUGGCGGAUGAGUGACACCAAGGCAUGGGAAGUCGAUACCUGCCGUGGCCAUUUCCAGAACGCCUCCGCCUGUCUGUUUCACCCGCAUCAAGACCUCAUACUCUCCGUCGGCGAAGACAAGACCAUUCGUGUGUGGGAUCUUAACAAGCGCACUUCCGUCCAAUCCUUCAAGCGUGACAUGGACCGAUUCUGGGUGAUUGCCGCUCACCCCAAGAUCAACCUGUUCGCCGCCGGUCACGACACUGGUGUUAUGGUAUUCAAGCUUGAGCGUGAACGACCUGCUUCCGCUGUUUACCAGAACCAGCUGUUCUACAUCACCAAAGAGAAGCAUGUCAAGUCUUACGAUUUUGCCAAGAACGUCGAAUCUCCUCCGAUGCUUUCGCUGCGUAAACUCGGCUCGCCCUGGGUUCCUCCUCGCACAGUUUCCUACAACCCGGCGGAACGUGCCAUUCUCGUCACAUCCCCUACCGACAAUGGUACCUAUGAGCUUAUUCACCUACCUCGGGAUGCCACUGGUGCUGUUGAGCCCACCGACGUGAAGCGCGGCCAGGCCACUUCUGCGGUCUUUGUGGCCCGCAAUCGCUUUGCAGUGUUCAACCCCUCUAGCCAACAGGUUGACAUCAAGGAUCUCAGUAACUCGACAACCAAAACUAUCAAGCCCCCUGCUGGCACCACCGACAUCUACUUUGGCGGCACCGGCUGCUUGCUUUUCAUCACUCCCACAACCGUGACUCUCUUUGAUAUCCAACAGAAGAAGCAGCUGGCAGAACUUACUGUUAGCGGUGUGAAGUAUGUCGUUUGGUCCAACGAUGGUCUAUACUGUGCCCUGCUCAGCAAGCACAAUGUCACUAUUGUCACCAAGACCCUUGAGCAAGUCAGCACCCUGCAUGAGACUAUUCGUAUUAAGAGCGCAACCUGGGAUGACUCCGGCGUGUUGAUCUACUCGACUUUGAACCACGUGAAGUACUCCCUUCUUAACGGUGACAAUGGAAUUAUUCGCACUCUUGACCAAACUGUGUACCUCGUCCGCGUUAAGGGUCGCAAUGUUUACUGUCUAGACCGUAAUGCUCAGCCUCAAAUCUUUUCGAUUGACCCCACCGAAUACCGAUUCAAAUUGGCCCUGGUUAAGCGGAACUACGAUGAGAUGCUCCAAAUUAUCAAGACCUCGAGCUUGGUUGGUCAAAGUAUCAUCUCAUACCUGCAGAAGAAGGGUUAUCCGGAGAUCGCUUUGCAGUUCGUGCAAGAUCCUCAGACUCGUUUUGACCUGGCUCUGGAAUGCGGUAACCUGGAAGUUGCUAUCGAGAUGGCCCGCGAGCUUGACCGACCCAACUUCUGGAGCCGACUUGGCGCCGAGGCUUUGGCUCAUGGUAACCACCAGACUGUUGAGAUGACCUAUCAGAAGCAGCGCAAUUUUGACAAGCUGUCCUUCCUCUAUUUGUCCACCGGUGACAGGGAAAAGCUUUCUCGUAUGGCCAAGAUUGCCGAGCACCGUGGUGACUUUACUUCUCGCUUCCAAAACGCUAUUUAUCGUGGCGAUGUCGAGGACCGUAUUGAGAUGUUCAAGGAAGUUGACUUAUACCCGCUGGCCUACCUGACUGCCAAGUCGCAUGGCCUGACUGAGGAGGCCGAGUCCAUUCUUGAAGCCUGUGGUCUAACAGAGGAUCAAAUUGCGCUCCCUUCGCUCGAGGAGCCGUUGAAUGUUCCGCAACCCUUCGUCCCUACUUUCAAGUCUAACUGGCCUGUCAAGGCUGCCGGUCACUCCUCGUUUGAGAAGGCUCUCCUUGGCGAGGUUGGUGCCGAGGAAGAGGUAACUGGCGCGGAUGGCUUCGACGUGGACGAAGACGAGCAAGAGGCCGUUCUUGCUAAGGAUACUCUGGAUGAUGACGAGGAGGAUGCGUCUGGUUGGGAUAUGGGGGAUGAUGUUAAUGUGGAGGAAGAUGUUGAGUUCGUCAACGUGGAAAGCACCGAGGCUGGUGCCGGUAGCUCAGAGGCCGAUCUGUGGGCUCGCAACUCGCCUUUGGCUGCUGAUCAUGUCGCUGCUGGUUCCUUUGAUACCGCCAUGCAGCUACUCAACCGCCAAGUCGGCGCGGUUCAGUUCGCGCCUCUAAAGGACCGCUUCCUUGAGGUCUACAAGUCUUCUAAGACCUACCUUCCUGCGUCUGUUGGCUUGCCGCCGUUGGUCAACUAUGUCCGGAGAACCACUGAUGAGACAGAUAGCCGCAAGGUUCUGCCUAUCAUUCCCCGGGAUUUGGAGACUGUUGCCAGCGUUGACCUGCAAGAGGGCUACGCCGCCAUGCGCUCAAACAAACUGGAAGAAGGUGUGAUGACUUUCAAGAAGAUUCUUCACACUCUUCUCGUCAACACUGUUUCGUCUGAGAGCGAGGUGGAACAGGCCAAGAAGAUUAUCUCUACCGCACGGGAAUACAUCCUGGCUAUGUCAAUCGAGCUUGAGCGCCGGUCUCUCUCCACUGACACCCCCGAGGGCCUCAAGCGCAGCCUCGAGCUCUCGGCCUACUUCACCAUCCCUAAGCUGGAGGUAGCACACAGGCAGUUGGCUCUGAUGGCUGCCAUGAAGCUUGCCUUUGCCAACAAGAACUACAACUCUGCCCUGGGGUUUGCCAACCGGAUGCUGGCCAACGGCGGCUCUCCCAAGCUUCUGGAGCAGGCCAAGAAGAUUAAGGCUCAAUGCGAGCGAAACCCACAGGACGCGAUCGAUAUUGACUUUGAUCAGUUUGCCGAGUUUGAUAUCUGCGCUGCCUCAUACACCCCGAUCUUCAGCGGUUCGCCUUGUGUGACCGAUCCCUUCACCGGUGCGAAGUACCACGAGCAAUACAAGGGCAGUGUCUGCCGGAUAUCGGAGGUGUCGGAGAUUGGUGCGCCGGCCAGCGGCCUGCGCUUGUUUGUUCCGGGUCAAUUUUAG